AUGGAGGAAAGCAUAAAGGAAGCGGAGGAAAUUUUUACGCACACCGGGGAAGAGGUACAUCGAACUGUGAGCAGAGAGGAAGAAGACAUUUACAAACCCACAAGUUCUGACAAAAAAUCCGUAAAUUUUAACAACCAAAUGGAGUACGCAAAUUAUCCCUUUUUAUCACACACUAGUGAUAUAGGAGGCAUGCGCGAAUGGAAUUUGCAAAAUGCUCCUUAUGUAAAUUUAGCAAGUGCGUGUGACUCCACCACGGGGCCUGGCGUAGUCCACCUCAGUGGAGAAGAGCAAAGUCAAAUACUCCAAGGUAACGGAGAGUCUUGCAUGAAUAUCUCCAUGAAUAAUACUCCUAUAAAUAGAUCCAACAUGGGAAUGGCAAACCAAGGGGAGUUGAACCCAAACGAUGGCAACUUCUACGUUCCUAUAUACAAUGGAGAAAUACCCCGAAAGAAGGAGAGCCAAAAAGGAUAUGUGGAUGAAGGCAAAAACCGAAGCAGUAAAGAAGGAUCUCUGACCCCCACAAGAAGAAAUUUCACUAAUGUAAUUUCUUACCGGAAUAACAUGCACAAUGGUGGAAUAAUAAAUGCCUCAUCGGGGGGGCUGUUUACAUCAAAUAAGAAUGCGCACUAUGAUAAGGCAGACAAUUUAAUAAUCCCCCAAAGUCGCAUAAACCAUGUUCAGCGGGAUGGCUUGGUUCCAGACAAAGCUGAAACGUGUACUCUCCUUCCCGUAAAUAACAAUAGCAGUGAUUGUUUAAGAUCUAUGCCUAGUAGUAACGUCCCGGAGGGGUACAUUCAAAAUGCCCCAAGCAAGUACGAAAUGGAGUGGACUUGCAGCAACGAAUGGGGUGAGAGCCAAACACAGGGUGUCUCCCCAAGUGGAAACAACAAAAACGCACGAACGGAUAACGGCAUUUCCCACAUAAACAACAGUAACACUUCUGUGCCGCAUAAUCUUUGUGCUUAUCCUAAUUUCCAGUUUGACAAAAAUGGCAGUAUCAAGGAGGGUGACCUUUUCAGUGAUGUACAUUUGAACAACCACCCAACUAGCAGUUUAGUGUACCAUCCGGAUGGGUACGACAUUGGCAAUGGGACUAACUCAAUCUACCUGAACAGGGAUAUGAUAAAAACCGCAGCGAGUGAAGACUCACAUGUAAUUCCCUCAAAUAUUUGUACAACUAGCACUGGUAACUACCACGUUAGUGAUGAGGGGACAAAUCAGAUGAAUCACCUGAACCGUACAAAUGUAGUGUUGACAAAUCAAUGGAGUAAUGAAGAACUUUUCAACAAGCAGGCGAACACGUCUAACUAUAGGAUUAGAAGGAAGGUGAGUAGUAGUCCAUAUAACGAUGAAUCAUGCGAAAUGCUUAGCAGUGAGUAUCAACCUAAUGUGAAGUGCCUUAUGCCCCAGGGGCAACCCAAUUAUGCCAGUAGUGAAGGGUGUAUGUAUCCUAAUGGAUUCCAGGUCCAGAUGAAGUUAAAUGGAAAUGGAGUCCCACGCAUAAACACCUGUGGUAGUUUCGCCUCUAGAAAUGCAAUUCUGGAAGACGAAAAUUUUAGGGCACAUAUUGGUAACAGUCGGGAUAGCAAAACAGUAAACCCUCAGCAGGGGACAAUCCAAUUCGAGAAUCAAAUAGAUAACGGUGCAGAUGCACAAAUGGAUAACACGUACAGAAGAAUGGAGAACCCAUUAACGUUAAAUAGAAUUGUACAUGCAAAUAACUCCAAUCCAGUAAUAUCAGAAAAUAUGAUGGGCAAUUCGUAUGCCCCCUUUCUAAAUAAUCAAGGGCAGAAUUGCCAACAAUUGGUGCAGGGGAAAUACUUCCCCUCCAUCAAUGGCAACUACUCCAUGAACAACAUAGAAAAUGCAUACCAAUUCGAUGGUAACCAGAUUGAAGAUCCAAAGAGCUUUGUCAAAUUGUAUAAUAAUGUUAAUACUUCUGCUGACGAUAGUGAGGUGUCAGCAUGGUCAAGAGGAGGAAGUUAUCCCUCAAAGGAUGUCUUUAACAAUGCCCUGAGCAAUACUAAAGGGAUUCAAGGCAGUAUAAUACGUAGUAAUGGGGACGGAGACACCUCCCCUGACCCUCAGCCGAAUAUGUGUAGUUCUGUCGGUGCGUAUGGCGUGGCGCAUCGAGGCAUAAGUAGUUGCUCAGGUCAACUGAGCCUGUUGGAUGCGCCGAACGGAAUGAAUAAUGAGCAGGAAGAAACUUUGCAACGACAAAGCAUGUACGACUUGUAUGUGCAGUCGCUGUUGAAUGGGGCUAGUGGAAUGGUAAACCCGGGUGGAGUGAUUAGUCCUAACGGGGUAAGUAACCCGAGUGCGCAUCUGGGAGAAAGGAACGAGCAGUUAAUAUUAUUCAAUUUAAAAAACAUGCGAAACAAAAUUACUGGGAAGGCCUCCCAAAUCCCCAACAAUUAUUUGUCCUACUUAGACCAUUACAUCGCCUCCCUACGUUUGCUUUACAACAAACUACUGAGUAACAGAAGUUUGAUAUUUAUCUUGGCGAAGGAAGUAUUUGCACCAAAAAAAAAAAGAGAGAAAAAAAAGUACAGUGAUGAUAAUGCAUCAACAUUUGAGAGUAAGCAUUCAUAUGUACAGGAAUUGUUAACAGCUCUCCUACCACAACCACCUAUCUUUCCCCCAUUAGAAAUAUGGAUCUACAUGGGAAAAAAAAAUGCCAGUCAAUUACACAAACUGCACCUAACAAUAUACAUAAUAUAUCAGAAGAUUAUUUGCAACAUAUCUAACAUACUUUUAAAAAUUAACAACGACAUGGUGAGUUAUGGAAGUAAGAAUAAAUUUAGCAAACGCAAUGGGACUGAUUCUCUUAAUGAUUAUGUGAAUGACAAUGGGGGGGACGGAUUGAAGAAAACUGAUUAUUGUCCCUUUCUGAGUUCUACAAAGGACGAAUCUCCCUUGGGGGGACUCGAUAGUAGUGAAUAUGUGGCGAAGACGGGUGUCCAAGGAAGGGAAGAAGAGACUUCCCACGUGGAGGAUGUAGAUUAUUUGAUGGAAAAAACUGACGCGAUUGAUCAGGUUGAUCAGGCAGAUCAUGUUAACGAAGUUGACGCAGUUGAUGCAGUUGACGCAGUUGAUGCAGUUGACGCAGUUGAUGCAGUUGACGCAGUUGAUGCAGUUGACGCGAUGUGUAUCUCCAUGGAACCCCAACAGGGGACGAGCUACAACAGGCGUCCUCUCCAAACCAAGGAAGACGAGUCGAAUCCCCAUGAAGGAGAUAUCCCCAGAAAAUGCCUAUUCCGAAUUGAUCAGAAAUUAGCCAUUAUGAUGGCCUCAAUAGAUAACAUAAGCAAAAUGAUCAGGUUGACAACAAAAAGGGAAAGAAGCAAUAACAGUAAGGACCCCUCAGUAGAUACCGUCGAUGAAGAAAACAAACCAGUGCCUGUGGGCGAAGACGAGGAUAAUAUACAGGAGAAUGAAAAAAAAAAUGACCUUGAAAAAGAAGGCAACAUGGUUAAACAUGUACAAUGUGAAAGUGAAGGCAUCUCCCCAAGUGAGUGUCAAUCCCCCGACAUUAGGAUUAACCCUAAGGAUGGCCAAAUAGUUGCGUACGAUGAGGUGAAAGGUAGUGAUGACCCCCUCCUUGAGAAGGAGACCAAGUUGGAUUAUAAUAACUCCUUACAAAAGGACAAUCCUGUAAAGUUACUAAACGAACUUAAGUACGAACUAAGAAAUGUAUACAACGAAAUACGAUCAUUAAAGAGGCAUCGCAGUUACUACCUGUCCCGUGGAGAAGAUAAAGGAGAAGCGGGAAGUUCCUUAGAAUUAGUGAACCCUAAUGAUGACUUCGAGGACGAUUAUACCGUUCCGCCAGAUGACAAUGCUGUUUCGAAUAUGAGAAUAAAAUCGACGGAAGAAAAGUAUCUCUUAAAGAAUUAUUUAUACAGCCAAUGUGAAAAUUCCAACCCGUUGAUAAAUGCACACACACGGGAUUACUACCCAUGUACGAGUAAGAAAAAUGGGAAAAGGAUAAAGCUAAAGAAGCAAAACGAACUACUUAAUAGUCUCAUAAAUAGCACCAUUUGUUCUAACGAACAAAUUAAUAAAGACAUUAUCUAUGAUUUGAAGUACACGGAUGAUAUUUUUAAGAAAAUUCUUUUCUUAUGUAGAAAUUUUUACACAAAUUUAUCGGAAUUGAAUGACUACAGUGCUUUGGAGUCGUUUAACAAAAAUGAAGUCGGCUUAACUAAUUUUGGACAAGUCAACAGUUUAGGGUACAUGGACAAUCAGGCACUCUUUCCCUUGAGACCACUUCUCCCUAGUGGGGGGGAAUUGCUACCCCAAGAGGAUUUGCCAGAGGGAAUGUACCAACUGGAGGCGACUGACCACACCCGUACGUGGAACGAAAAUCACGACAUUGAUCCGCACUGUAUUGAACAAGUUAAUAGCCAUCCCGCCAAAGCAGAAGAUGACACUUUGAAUGUUGCACCAGUUAUAGGUAACGGUGAUGGGGAGGAUGACGUUAACAAUUCCGGAAACGAAACUCUUCUCAGUGACGACCAAAUUGGAUCAAGGAACUGCACAAACUACGCAAAAUACGCGGGGUACACAAAUUUGGGAGGUGUCUCCAUGUAUGAUGCAUCGGAAUGUUCCACCACAAAAAGUCAGCAAGGUUUCUGUGGAAAGAAUUCCCCCUGGGAUGAACUACCCAUGGAGAAAAAAGAAGAUAAAGAAGGUGCACAAAACGUGGAUUCUUUUCUUUCCAAAUUGGAUGGCCAAGAUGGAUUGAUGGAACCGUAUGCAGAGACCCCCCAAAGUGUCAUUUUGAGGAUGGGCAGAAUGGACAACUACUCAACUUAUCAGAACACGGGUAGAAGCGGAGAUGUACUCUAUAGGCCUUUUUUUGCAGAAGCCACUAAUGGGGAUUAUUCACAAACGGAAGUAGGCUUCCGUAGCGUCGCGAAUAAUGGCGCGAAUAGUGGCCAGAAUAGUGGCCAGAAUAGUGGCCAGAAUAAUGACGAGAAUAAUGGCCAGAAUAAUGGCGUGGAGAGUAGCACAGACAGUGGCACGAACAGUGGUGCUGUACAUGCACCGCCAGAAACGCUCUAUAGUACCACACAAAACGGACUUCAAUAUAGUUACCCUAAUGAGGAGCAUAAUGAUCAUGGUUACAACGACAUAAGUAGUUCAUUUUUUAGGCAUACCUCCCAUGUCAAUUCGGAACACCCAUAUGUACAGAGUCGACAUGUGUCUGAGGGGAUUGGUGGUAGUCUAGAUCAUCCAUAUUUACAGGUAAAAAAUACGGAAGAUUUAACAAAACAAGGAAAAUAUAUGAACAAUUCCUACAUGCAAAACGAUGUAGGGAAAGCUAAAAAUUGUAGUUACCUUUUAAGCAAUGCUCAGAAUGUGUACUGUCUAAAUCAGGAGAAUUUGCCAAUAGGCGUAAAGAACACUGAAGGGAUAAUGCAUAACGAUUGUGCGAAGUAUGAAGCGAGUGUGUCCAACGCAUAUGAUGUUGAGAGGAGUGGUAAUAUGAGAAAUGGUGAUGGCCACCAAAGGUUCAGUACCGCAAUGACCAGGUGCUUAAAUGCUGAUGGGAACUACGUUGGAGGGGAUGUAAUGGAUAAUUGCCUCCAAGGACCCCACUCCCAAUACGACAGAAAUCAACCGUUUGGUAUGUUCAAUUGUGUUGGUACGAAUGGAUUCGCGCCAGGAGAUACGAAUUUAGUAAACCAUAACGGAAUAAACAGAAAUGUAGGUUACUACACCGAUGGAAGUGCACUACCCAGUAUGAUUAAUUACCAAAGGAAGGAAAAUAGUUUUCAAAACAACACCGCUAAGGACGAAAUGAGAAGUGAUGAAUUUGGAACUAAUAGAACAACAAAUCAUUUCACCAGUUCCAGUGAUACAGGGAUGAUUAACCAAUUUCCCUUUAAUGGAGAACAGACGAUGAAUAUGCAUCGUGUAGAUAAUGUGCCACAUUGUACCUCCACGUACCGAAUGACAGAAGAGAGAAACACAUUUAAUGAUUCCCUAAACGAAGGGAAUAAUGUCACAGAAAAAAUGUACAACCAUAAUGGCAAGUACCUUAAUAAUGUAGAAUUGAGAGACACUACAGAAGAUGUAUCAGAUAAUGAAGUGAACAGUGGAGGAGGGAAUGAGAAAUUUAGAGAUAAUCAAAAUACCUUUAAUGAGGGUUCAUCAUACUUUUCCAAAAAUGGUAUUAUCACGAAUAACAUGUCUGACCAUUGGAAGAUCGCUUCAAAUUAUUCAAACAACCUAAACGGAGUGAAGAGCGAAUCUUAUUAUGGAGAAGACAUGAACAUAUCGAACAUAGAAGGAGAAGGAAUGAUGAAGAAUAAUAAUCCACUCAGUGGUGGUAUACCCUCCGAAUCUUUAAAGGAUUACCCAAACGUGACAAACGAAAGUGGAGAUCGCAAUUUAACGAAUGAUGCUAAUAAAAUCAAGCUAAAAAAAAUGCUUGAAAUUACUGAUAAGUUAAUCGGAAAAAAGUACAGAGGAAUAUCUUACGACCCAACCAGAAAUGGAUGGUCCACUUUUGUAUAUAAAAAUGGGGUUAGAAGGAAAAAGUUUUUUUCUUCUUAUAAAUAUGGAAACCUAUUAGCUAAAAAAAAGUCCAUAGAAUGGAGACUGAAAAACUUAAGUCCAGAUUCUCAUGCUUAUGUAUUUUCUCUAAAAGCGAAAGAAGAAUUUAAUUCCAUUUUGAAUGAUGGCUAUGCAGAUAUUAACAGUGUUAACUGUGAGAACAGGGAUGGGAAAAACAACGGCGACAACUCCAACAAUAGGGAUAUACUCUAUGUGAAUGCUUUUAUCAACCUUUUUAAUAGUUCCGCAGGGAGGAACAAAGAUGAACCCGAUGAACCGAAUGAAUCGAGUGAACCGAAUGAGCCGGGUAAAUCGAAUGAGCCGGGUGAACCGGGUAAACCGAAUGAGCCGAAUGAAGAAUGUGCGGAGGAGCCUACUAGAAAAGGCACACAAGAUGGAAAUGGACAAAACAGUAGUGAAGUCGCCCAGCCGCUCGGUCAGGCGAAUUAUAAUGUUGGAUGUAGUAAUGGAAUUAAUAGUGGAUUUAAUGAUGAGAGCAAUGUUGAAAGGAGUGGUGUCCCAUUGAAUGGGUGCGAUAAUCACACUGCGAGCAAUAUCGAUAGGGAAAUCCCCUGCGUAACAAAAGAAAAAAAAGAACGUAAAAAACAAAAUUACGAGGAAAAUAAUUCUAUGACACAUGUCACCAAUCUGGCUAGCCAUUUCUACGAUCAGGUAAAUGGCUGCGUACCCCCGAAUGAUGAUUUAUCCGUUUAUGAAAAGUGUUGUUCGAUACUACUAAAUGACAAGGAAUCGUCGAGAAAUGAACCAAAUGGAAGGGACGCAGGAAAUGGCCCCAUCUGUAAAAAUGCACCCAGUUGGAUAAAUAAGGAAGAUGGAAAAAUAGACAAUUUAAAUGGCGAUCCGGUGGAGGAAGGGAAAGGGACGAGAGGAGAAUUGCCAAAUGAGAGAGUGCAUUUCGAAAUUGAAAAUGGACAAAACGAGGAAGUGAAUAUUUUUCCGCAUUCAAAUGAUGUGUCCCCUACACAUUGUGUCGAACUUCCAAAGGAGGGAAUAGACCCGGUCGUGCCCAUUGGAGAUAAUUACGCAGUUACUCGAUGUGGAAAUAGGAAAAGGAGAAAAAGGAACAUCGUAAAAGGUGAAAAGAAAAACGCUAUAGGGGAAGGCGAACCGAACGUUACAGAAACGGGCGAACAGUUCAGUAGUGCGUAUGGCACUCGUGAUGAUUCAGCGAGUGGCUGCGGUGAUAGCUGUUGCAGUGACAUGUACGGAAGUGAUACCCACAGUGGUGAUGGUCGAAGCGAUGAUCGACGUUAUGAUGGACCCCAUGGCGACAGGGCCAAGGAGAAGUUCAAAAGCUGGAUGGAUAGUGGCCUAAUUCAUUCGAUGGAAGGAAAGCACCCAUCCUUUGAGGAAGAAAAGAGUACGACAUGCAAAAAUGGCAAAGUCAAGGACGACAAUUCAAAGGAGAUUCCUCAGUACGUAAAAGAGUGCAUAUCAGAAAAUGUACCUUUGGAGCAUCUUAAUUGUGACAACGGAGGGAACGAUCAUGACAAAAUGGAUACGCCUUAUAAUAACGGAGGAUGCUAUCAAUAUGGGAAUUGUCCACCCAAUGGACAACCACUUCAAAACCUUUUACCCCCCGCUAACCAAGAGAGCGUUACAAAGAAAUUGUAUCCGGUAGAAUGUAGGAGCAUUCCCGAGGAGCAACUGAUCGAUGGGAUUGUUAAUGGAGGAAAAUCAGAACACAUGGGUGGAGAGAAGGAUAAUAAUUUGCGCUUGGGUGAUAUAACCCAUUUGGUUGAAGUUAGCCACGAAGUGGAGAAUCAGGCUGUAUUUCCAAGUGAAGAAACGGAGGGAAGAUCCCCAAAUGAGGUGGAUUAUACCAUGAGAGGUGAUUCCUGCACGGGUGUGCAUGAAAAUGAGACCCUCAAUGUGGCACAACAGUGGACUCCAAAUGGUAUCUCUGAAGGGUGCGCAGCGCAACAUGAGAGAGAACUCUUCCUGGACAAUAAACACGCGAAUGACAAGAACUGUUUCCUUUACAAGGAUACCCUACUGAGGUACAUGAACGAGUGUAUGUGCACGGGAGAAGAAGAAAAAAGUGUUUUUCUCCAGUUUUUGAGAUUAACCCCGGAGUGGGUUCUGCUAGAAUUAGACGAAUUGGAAGAAAAAUACCAUAGCUAUUUCAGGAAUAAAAUUGAAUCAUUUUAUAAAUCCUACUUAGUUAAGAUAAGCAGUAAAAACGGUAGUACCUUGGGGGAAGUACCAGAGGAAGGGUCCUGUCGUUCAAGCAGUGGCAUUCCACCAAGACGCAGCGAAUAUAUUAGAGAACUUCAACUCAUUUUUGAUAAAAAGUUGAGUACCCCCUGGACAUGUAUGAUUUUCCCCAUAGACUUCCUCUACAUCUUAAACUACAAAAUUUUAAGAACUUUAAAAAUCUUGAAUAAAAAAAAAGUUAAGAGUGUCAAGCAAGAGAAGGACAAACACUUGCAGUGUAUGUUGAAAGGAGUGAGCUUCAUCAAGUACAAAAACGCAUGGUGUUUUACGUAUCUUGACUUGGAUGAUAAAAAAAAAGAAAAAGUAUUUCCUAUUAAUCAUUACGGCUUUAUUGAAGCAAAAACUCUAUCCAUCUUGUACAGAAAAAACUUUGUUCUACAUUUAACUAAAAUGUAUACCUUUCUGAGAAAUGUUUUAUCAAGAAAUAAAUUAGAAUCUGGGAGAAACAUAAGUAAACUCAUUAACCCAAAGUCAAUAAAUCACUUUAUCGAUUAUUACAAAAAGUACGAAGAGUUCCUCAUUUGCUAUGGCAAGAUUAUAUACUUCAAUGAAAGCAGAAAUAUAUUUCUAACGACAAAGAACAAGAGGGAUGCGCUAAAUUAUGUACCUUCGGAAAUCAGAUAUAAAAUAUCUGGAGAAAUAGAGCCCUUAAAUUUAAUAACCAUAACGAGAAAUUAUUUUUCCAAAAAAUCACAAAUGAUAAAGUUCCCCAAGGGGGUAGUGUAUCUGUCUGGCUACUUCCUAUGGGUUCUAUUAUUUCUGAAUCAUAAUAAUAAAGAAGUAGUUAUCUCUUUUUCGGCUAGGAAGUACUCAUUCGAAGUAGCCAAGAAUAGAUGCUUCGAAUGUUACUACUUCUUACUCUAUAAGUAUAAGUUCCGCCCCAUUAAUAUAUCAGGCGUUAUAGAUCUUAUUUUGGAGAGCGAUUUGGAGUGUAAAAAUUACAACUUGUUGGAUUACGAAGCGGAGAAAAUUAUGCCUCUAGAUUGUUUAUUCCAUUUUUUUGCCCCUUCAAAUUAUGUUCUUCAAAAUGGAGUUAUUUAUAAAAGGCUUCUUCAUAAUCAGAACCACCCCAAGGAGGAGUACCUGUGCAGACAGGAAUACGACUCCCUGUUCCCAAGUGAGUAUGUCUCGUUGGGAAUUUUCCAGACAUACGAGAUUGAGGACGACUAUUCCAUGACACUGAAUGAGGACCAUGGAGAUUUGGGGACCAACGCAUCGAUGCAUGUUCCACAGAACGGGUACAUGGAUAGUGAGGCAGAUGCGGCUAUCCAGAUGAACCUACUCAACGAUGCAGAAGCAGGUGCACAGAGGAAGUACUCCUCGUUUGAGUUUCCAUCGCUACCCCAACACCAACCAAACUGCUACCCGUUCCAUCCAAUAGAACAUAACGAAGGUAAUGAAUACCCAGUCGAAAAACAUCAUCGCUCAGUGGACGACUUGAUUCCUUAUCACGAUAUGGCGCAGGAGAAGAAGGAUAUCCCCCUCUACUUUACAGACGACGAAAAUGGAAAAUUGAAACGACUGAAAAGGAGGGAUAGUUACCUGGGAGGAAGUUUCCAAAGGGAGAAUUACACAAAUUUGGGGGGCUCACCAGAGUACUACCAUCUUGGCAAUCACGAGGAUGGAAGUUGCGGUAGUACCGUUGGCGAUGAAGAAGCGCGUUCAGAACAAGGGGGGGAAGAGAAGAAGAAAACUCAUGGAACAUAUCAGCCAAGUAGUCAACAUAACGGAGACUUCACAAUGUAUCCAAGUGAGAGAGAAGGAAUGACCACUUGGGGGAUGAACAUUCCGUGUGGAAAUUCAAAUGUGAAAAAUCUCCCUGUGGUGCAGAACAUCGAAGAGAACCAUCAAAGGUGGUACAACCAUCCCACACUGAAUGCUGAAAAUCGAAGGAGACCAAACGGACAAGUCAAUUCGGAUACCGUCGACAUGUGUAACGAAGAGGAAAGUGAUUACCAUUUGGGAAAAAAGGAACAGAGGAAUGGAGGGAUGAUUGGGCAAAACAUACACACAAGGGAUAACAGUAACCAUGAACAAAGUACACAAAGAAAAUUUACAAGCAACGAAGAAUACUACAGGGAACUUUCCAAUAAAACAAUUUUUCACUUCUUCGAUAACAACAUACAGGACGAAUAUUUAAAAAGGAAUUAUGAUUCCCUUUUUAAUAAUCAAGAGGAAAAAAAUGUGCUGUUUAAAAAAAUUAGCGAAAAGGAAGAACAUCUGGGAAUUUUUAUAAUGGUUAAUUGUCAGUGGCUUUCAGACUCCUUCGUACAUAACAUACAUCAGAUAGAAAGCAAGUACGCCGAUAUUUAUUCUUUUGAAAAUUAUCUGAAUACACGUGAAGAGGUUUUAAAUUGGAAAUGUGAAAAAAAUUUUAUUAAAGACUGUUCUGAUAUUUCCAAAAAAUGUCCUCGUGUUAUUGGCGUGCAUUAUGAUACGCAUGCGCAUGCCUGGGUUGUCAACCGUACCUCUAAUGGGAAGAGACGGGAUAAAAAAUUUUUGGUGAAAACCUUUGGCUUCUUACAAGCCAGGAAGAUGGCCAUUGCACACAGGGAGAAAUGGCAACAGCAGCGAGCCCUCUACCGAGAGAAAAACGUCAAUGGGAAGAGAGUAUUUCACAUGCAGACGGAUCAAGUGGAAACAAAUGACGAGUAG